AUGGUAGGCUUUACAUCGAUAAAUAGCAGCAGUACAUCGCUAGAAUUGCCAACGAAAGUUCAGAUGGAGAUUUCGAAUGAGUCGAAAGAUGAAAGCGAAUCAAUAAAACCUGCAACUGUUCCUCCUGAUCUGACGGCAGUUGCCGAUGAAACGUCGGUUGUGCCCGGGAAAGAUGAUGCCGUAGUAAUGGAUUUUGCGGCAGGUGGUAGUCAGGAGAAGAUAAAAAUGUCAGAUAAAAGUGUUACACUUCCAGGGAAUGUUAAUGGUAACAAUAUCUCGAGCCAAACGAAUAAUACCGACGUUGCACAGUUAUCUCAAUCGGAGCAAGAAACACAUAUCGAGAACUCGCAGCUCCCUGCAGCAUCAUCUCCAGCGCCCACUACAGCAUCUGUCCUAGCAUAUAAACAGACUCUAGAAAGAAGGGAAGAACCUGGUCCGAAAGUGAUGCCCUUGUUACCUACUUCUGAAGAAACGGUAGGGCCAGAAUAUGAGUCCAAGUUAUUCCCAGUAAAUGGAUCAACACCAGUUUCAGCACUAGUUUCUAGUGAUCAAGUGAUAUCUGAGGAAAUAGCAUUAAACCCAGUAUCGGCGCCAGCACUUGAGACGCACAUAGAACCUGAGGCACAAAACUUAAUACCAGGUGUAGUUCCGGCCGAAAGUUCAGUCGAAAAUCCCGUAGAGGCGGUCGAGCCAAUAGUCGAGGAACCAGUCGAGGCACCAGUCGAGGCACCAGUCGAGAUACGAGUUGACGCACCAGUCGAAGCACCAGUUGAAGCACCAGUCGAAGCUGUAGCAAAAACAAUUCCGGCUGCUGAGGAGACUGUACAAGCACCUUCAACAACGCCGUUGUCAGAUCCUAACACAGUUCUGGAAUCCACCACAGAAGCGCCUCUUCAAACAAUACCGUCCAUCGUCGAAAAAGAUAGCAUUCCAACCCCAACUCAAAAGUCGCAUAAAACAAAGGGCCCACAAAAGGAAACCUCUAAAAGCAAAUCUAUGGCAUCUCAUGUACUCAUGGAGGUAGAUGAGUCUGUUCCACCUACUAUUAGGCAGCUCAAAACAGAUGGCAAUACUUUUACAACUACGCAUCAUGGGAACCCAUACAUUUUCCCUCAACAACGGUCCAGAGCAAAUCCUCCAUUGGAUUUAACAACAGUCAAACGCCGGAAAGAUGUAAAUCAUGAUAUAGUACGGGGAGUAAACUCUAACGACUCCACCGCUACACCAAAAUUUAUUACACAACAAAUACCCACCUUAAAUCCUUCGGAAGAGGAGUUUUCAGAUCCAUUUGCAUACUUGCAGUCUAUUGCUUCGCUUGGAAAGAAGUUUGGAGCAGUUAAAAUAAUUCCUCCUAAAUCAUGGGAUUUGCCGUUCUGCUUGGAUACCGAAAUGUUCUGGUUCAAAACCAAGCGCAUGUCGUUCAACUCUACAGCGGUCGCUAAAGAAGUUGAGGACUCAUUUGUUGAUAGUCUUUACUAUUUCCACACAAUAAAUGGAAAUACCAUUAACAAGGUUCCAUCGAUCGAUAAACGACCAUUGGACCUGUAUCAUUUACACAACUGUGUUCGCUUAAGAGGAGGCUAUGAAGAAGUAUGUAAAAAGAAACUUUGGGCGCAGAUUGGCCGUGAGCUUGGAUACAGCGGAAAAAUUAUGACUUCCCUUUCUACUUCGUUGAAGAUUGCUUAUACAAGGUUAUUGUGGGGUUAUGAUGUUUAUCUAUCAACUCAAGGUGCUGAUGAAGUAACGGCGGGUACUGCUUUGGUUACUUUUAGAGCACCUGACAGCGAGGCAGAGUACUUCUUGGGCUCUAAGAGACCCCAUCCUGAUGAUGAAUCAACCGGUAGAGCUUCGGGUAUAAAGAGACUUCGCCUUGAUAAUGGAACUGAGAUAGCUUUGGGCGUCACAAGUUCUUCCGCAUUCCCAUGUAUAUCUAAUGGGCACAGAAAUCUCUAUCGUUUGAGGCCAUAUACCUCUACUGCAUCAAUACCCAGUGACCCAGCGCUUCCUCCCUUCGACAACUGGCAUAAGGGCUUGGAGCUUAUUGACUUAGACAACUGCUCUGAAAAGUAUAAAGCUGCACCCACUUAUAAUUUACGGCAAUUUCAACAGAAAGCAGACUGUUUCCGUGAAAAGUAUUUUCGAUCCAACAAUAUACAUAGAUCCAUGGUUAACGAAGCAACUAUCGAGAAAGAGUUCUGGAAAUUGGUAAAUGAUCCAAACCAGAGUAUUGAAGUUGAAGAGGGCUGUGAUAUACAUUCGUCAGUACAAGGGUCCCCAUCACCUCAAAUUGAGCGCAAUAUUUCCAAUGUAGACUAUUCGAGAGAUCCUUGGAAUUUAAACGCUCUGCCAUUCAAUGCCAACUCAUAUUGUCGAUACAUAGCAGAAUCUGUUCCAUUUCUUGUUCAACCUUGGGUUCAUGUGGGAAUGAUGUUCUCAGCAGACACAUGGCAUUUCGAAGACUUUUUCUCAUAUAUGGCAAAUUAUCAUCACUUUGGCGAAGCAAAAACUUGGUACUCGAUCCCUGAAAAAGAUUUUGAUAAGUUCCAGUCUCUUCUAACAAAGACAAUAGGAGCUGAGGCCAUUGAUGCCAAUCCAUCUUUAUUAUUGGAGUCAAACUGCAUGCUAUCACCCGAAGAGUUAAUUAAACAUGGGAUUGAAUGCUAUUCUGUUGACCAACAGGCUGGUGAGUAUAUUUUUACCUUUCCCAAAGCUUAUACUGCUAGUUUUAAUCAUGGAUUCAAUCUCACUGAAUCAGUUCGUUUCUUUCCUACAUUUGAUUGGCUUGAUUAUGGAAUUCAAUGUGCCGAACUUUAUACUCGAUAUCGAAAGGACCCUCCAUUUUCUAUUCAAAGGUUGUUAUUGAGUAUUUCUUCGAAUACGGCAAAUAUUUCUGUUGCUCAAGUGUAA